AUGAGUGGAAAAUUCUACUUUAGCGCUUACCUCGCAUCACUUGCACGGCGUUGUUGUACCUCGUCAUCAGCAGGUUGCCAAUGCGACGAAUGGGCGGAGUCCGUCUGUAGCAAGUCUUCAGGCUGCAUGAUCCGCUGGUGCCAUGACACCGACAAUGCCUCUCCAUGUGGUUCAGCACCGUCUAGAGUUUGGACAGGUGGAAAAAAGAGCUGGUACGUUAUUAAAAGGUCGAAUGUUUUUUACCAAAUUGCAAUAAAUGGGCCUGGGACCGAGCUCAAAAGGUGGGCAAAAUGUGUGGAAGACAAGUACAGCCUAGCAAGAUCCGUUUACGGCUCUUGUAAACGUACAAUCGACGAUGGCGCGUUGAAGGUUGGGGAGAAAGAUGACAUGACUCGACUUUCAUUUCGUAAAGUGGUCUCAUCAAACAGCGAUGAAGAAUUGCUAUUGAGCCGGUAUGACAGUUGA